GAUAAAAAAUUAGUGUUACAUUAGAUAAAAUUCACAAGUAAAUUUCUCUUCGACAAAUUCGAUAAUAUUCGAUAAUCGAUAGUCGUCGAUGUCUUAUUGAUAUUACAAAUUCCGCUUCCUGUUUUAUUUCUUUGUAGUGACUGUUAAGUUAGCAAGAUGUCGCUCGUCAUUCCUGAAAAGUUUCAACAUAUACUUCGUGUCAUGAACACGAAUAUCGAUGGUAACAGAAAGGUUAUGUUUGCGAUGACAGCCAUCAAAGGUGUUGGUCGUCGUUAUGCCAACAUUGUUCUUAAAAAGGCUGAUAUUGACUUAAACAAACGAGCUGGAGAAUGUUCGGAAGAAGAAGUCGAAAAAAUUGUUACUAUUAUGGCUAAUCCUAGGCAAUAUAAAAUACCUGACUGGUUUUUUGAAUCGGCAAAAGAUAUUGUUGACGGAAAAUACCUCUCGCUUACUAGCUCCAAUUUAGAUUCUAAACUUCGUGACGACUUAGAACGUAUGAAGAAAAUCCGUGCUCACAGAGGUUUACGUCAUUAUUGGGGCUACGUGUGCGUGGUCAACAUACAAAGACUACUGGCCGACGUGGUCGUACUGUUGGUGUAUCGAAGAAGAAGUAAUUUUAUAUUUAUUAAUUAACAAUAAAUAUUGAAAACUAUUUA